AUGGUUCCAGGAGUUUCAGUUGAUGUGGUUGUCGUGGUCGUUUCUGGAUUCCCCGUUGAGAUGAUCGUUGUGGUUGUUCCUGGAUUCCCCGUUGAGAUGCUCGUCGUGGUCGUUACAGGGGUCUCAGUUGAUGUGGCCGUGGUGGUUGUUCCUGGAUUCCCCCUUGAGAUGCUCGUCGUCGUCGUUCCAGGACUCCCCGUUGAAGUCGUUGAGGUUAUGGUUCCAGGAGAUUCCGUUGAGAUGCUCGUCGUGGUUGUUCCUGGAUUCCCCGUCGAGAUGCUCGUCGUCGUCGUUCCAGGGGUUUCAGUUGAUGUGGUCGUGGUGGUCGUUCCUGGAUUCCCCGUUGAGAUGCUCGUCGUGGUCGUUCCUGGAUUCCCCGUUGAGAUGCUCGUCGUGGUCGUUCCAGGACUCCCCGUUGAAGUCGUUGAGGUUAUGGUUCCAGGAGUUUCCGUUGAUAUGCUCGUCGUGGUCGUUCCUGGAUUCCCCGUUGAUGUGGUCGUCGUGGUCGUUCCUGGAUUCCCCGUUGAGGUGCUCGUCGAGGUCGUUACAGGGGUCUCAGUUGAUGUGGUCGUCGUGGUUGUUCCUGGAUUCCCCGUUGAGAUGCUCGUCGUGGUCGUUCCUGGAUUCCCCGUUGAGAUGCUCGUCGUGGUCGUUCCAGGACUCCCCGUUGAAGUCGUUGAGGUUAUGGUUCCAGGAGUUUCCGUUGAUAUGCUCGUCGUGGUCGUUCCUGGAUUCCCCGUUGAUGUGGUCGUCGUGGUCGUUCCUGGAUUCCCCGUUGAGGUGCUCGUCGAGGUCGUUACAGGGGUCUCAGUUGAUGUGGUCGUCGUGGUCGUUCCUGGAUUCCUCGUUGAGAUGCUCGUCGUCGUCGUUCCAGGGGUUUCAGUUGAUGUGGUCGUGGUGGUCGUUCCUGGAUUCCCCGUUGAGAUGCUCGUCGUGGUCGUUCCAGGAUUCCCCGUUGAGGUGCUCGUCGAGGUCGUUACAGGGGUCUCAGUUGAUGUGGUCGUCGUGGUUGUUCCUGGAUUCCCCGUUGAGAUGCUCGUCGUGGUCGUUACAGGGGUCUCAGUUGAUGUGGCCGUGGUGGUUGUUCCUGGAUUCCCCCUUGAGAUGCUCGUCGUCGUCGUUCCAGGACUCCCCGUUGAAGUCGUUGAAGUUAUGGUUCCAGGAGUUUCCGUUGAUAUGCUCGUCGUGGUCGUUCCUGGAUUCCCCGUUGAUAUGCUCGUCGUGGUCGUUUCUGGAUUCCCCGUUGAGAUGCUCGUCGUGGUCGCAGUUGUUCUGGAUUCGCCGUAG